AUGGCAGACAAAGACACUGUAGAGAAGUUCCUCGACAACAAUCCUGAGUUUGCAAAGGAGUACUACGAAAAGAAAGUCCAGGCAGAUGUGAUCACUGCUGCUUUCAACAACCAGGUGAAGGUCAAAGACCCGUCCUCUUACAAGGAUGUCACCACCAUCCAGGAGGCCGAGUUCAUAUUCGAGCUCAUCAAGGAGAUGCAUGGCCCCAACCAGAUGGAGAAAGCCCUGCAUAAAGUCCUCCAGAGGAUUGCUCUGCUGAUCCAAGCCGACCGCUGCAGCUUCUUUGGCAGCAGGGCUCGCAACGGAACCCCUGAGCUGAGCAACAUCCUCUUCGAUGUGACGCACAAUUCUGCGUUUGAGAAGAAUUUCGUGAACCCCAACGUAGAGAUUGUUUUCCCCACCGACAUGGGAAUUGUUGGAUGGACGGCACACUCCAAGAAGACCCAGAAUGUUGCUGACGUAAAGAAGAACUCUCAUUUCAGUGACUUUGUGGACAAACAGACCAAAUACACCACAAAGUGCAUGAUCACUGCUCCCGUCAUGAACGGAAAGGAGCCGAUCGGUGUCAUCAUGGCUCUCAACAAACAAGGCGCCGCCGAGUUCUCCAAGAGCGAUGAGGAGCUCUUCACAAAAUACAUGAACUUUGCUUCCGUGGUCAUUCUCCAAGCACACAGUGCUUACAUGUGGGAUGUAGAGUCCAGGAGAAGCCAGGUGCUGCUGUGGUCCGCCAGCAAAGUGUUUGAGGAGUUGACAGACAUUGAGAGGCAGUUUCACAAAGCCCUGUACACAGUGAGGGUCUAUAUCAAGUGUGAGAGAUACUCUGUGGGACUGCUGGACAUGACCAAAGACAAGGAAUUCUACGACGAGUGGGCAAUCAAACUUGGAGAGCAGGAGGCAUACAAGGGCCCUAAGACCCCUGAUGGCAGAGAGAUCAGUUUCUACAAGAUUAUCGACUACUUGCUGGAAGACAAAGAGGAGAUUAAAGUUAUCCCUGGCCCUCCGGCAGACCACUGGGCUCUGGUCAGCGGACUCCCAUCCUACGUGGCUGAGAAUGGAAUGAUCUGCAACAUGAUGAACGUUGCUAGUGACGAAUACUUCGCAUUUCAGAAAGUAGCCGUGGAUGAGUCUGGGUGGACGAUCAAGAAUGUCCUCUCGCUCCCUAUCGUCAACAAAAAGGAAGAAAUUGUUGGUGUUGCAACUUUCUUCAACAGGAAAGAUGGAAAACCAUUCGAUGAGAAUGAUGAACAAAUUACAGAGGCUCUGACCCAGUUCCUGGGCUGGUCCACUCUGAACAGCGACACGUACGACAAACUGAACAAGUCUGAGUGGGGUAAAGAUAUUUCCCAGGAACAGCUCAUGUACCAGACAAAGGCCACGCCGGAGAACGUGCAAUCCAUUCUGAACACUCAGGAGAAGUUUGGCUCCACACCUGAGGACUGCGACCAGAAGGAGAUGUACAAACUUCUGCGAUCCACCAUCCCUGAAGCCAACAUCGUGGAGCUGCAUGAGUUCCGAUUCAGUGACUUCCCCCUGUCGGAGACAGAACUCAUCAAGUGUGGAAUCCGCUGCUUCUUUGAGCUGGGCGUGGUCGAGAAGUUCAAAGUCCCAGCUGAGAUCCUGACUCGUUGGAUGUUCACCGUUCGCAAGGGCUACCGCGACAUCACCUACCACAACUGGAGGCACGGCUUCAAUGUGGGACAAACCAUGUUCGCCCUGCUGAUAACAGGUAAACUGAGGAAGUAUUACUCGGAUCUCGAGGCCUUUGCCAUGGUUGCUGCUGGAUUCUGCCACGAUAUUGACCACAGAGGAACCAACAAUCUCUACCAGACAAAGAGUUUAUCCCCGCUGGCAAAACUGCACACCAACUCAAUUAUGGAGCGGCAUCAUCUGGAGUACAGUAAGACUCUGAUGGAGGAUGAGAACCUGAAUAUCUUCAUAAACCUCCAGAAGCGUCAGUUUGAAACCGUGCAGCAUCUGUUUGAAGUUUGCAUUAUUGCCACUGAUCUCGCACUUUAUUUCAAGAAGAGAACGAUGUUCCAAAAAAUCGUGGAAACCGUGGAGGGGAUUCCGGAGGAGAAAGAGAAGAUCAACCACAUCUCCAACAAUGCAACCAGGAAGGAGAUUAUUAUGGCAAUGAUGAUGACAGCUUGUGACCUGUCAGCCAUUACAAAGCCAUGGGAGGUUCAGAGCAAGGUCGCUCUGAUGGUGGCGGCAGAAUUCUGGGAGCAGGGAGACCUCGAGAGGACAGUGCUCGACCAGCAGCCUAUCCCCAUGAUGGACAGAAACCAUUCUGCCGAGCUUCCCAAGAUGCAGUGUGGUUUCAUCGAUUUUGUCUGCUCCUUUGUGUACAAGGAGUUUUCUCGCUUCCACCCAGAGAUCACACCCAUGUUUGACGGGCUGAAUAUAAACAGGGGCCAGUGGAGAGCUCUCGCCGACGUCCACGAGGCCAAGAUAAAGGCCAUCGAAGAUGAGAAGAAAAAGCUGGAGGGCGGAGGCGAUGGAGGUCAAGAUGGUGGGAAGUCAAAGACAUGUGCGAUCUGCUAG